GCCAGCAGCGGGGCUGAUCUAGGCCUGCUCAGCUGACUCCCGUCUUCUCCGUGGACCGCAUCCAGUCCCCGCCCACCCGGUAGACGCCGUGGUCCGUUACGAGCUUACAUUAACAGAGCGGCCUCAGAUGAGCGGCGAGCAGGGCUGGAAAGGUCUCCUUUAAGGGCACAGCGGUCGCAGUGACAUGGGCAGCCAACGUUCUUUCACACCCUGUAGAGCAAACACCAGAGUCCUGCCUGCAGCGCCAAGCAGAAAAUGACUCAGCGAAAUGGAAUCAGGGGCUCGAGUGAUCCCAGUCUCGACUCUGAGACCUCCAAGGCUUUCGAGUUGCCCAACGGUUUGGACCACGACGAGGCGCAGGGGGCGGCUGACUGUGAGGGAGGGAGGGGGAGUGAAAGCGGAGACCCGGUGGCUAUAACCGGAGGAGGCGUCAUAGCUCCGGAUGGCGGCUGGGGUUGGGUGGUGCUGGUUGCAACCAUCCUGGUUCUGGCUCUGACCCUGGGCUUUCCCUCCUGUGUGGGAAUCUUCUACACAGACCUGCAGAAUGAGUUCACCGCCACCAACAGCGAAACGUCUUGGGUGCCCUCCAUCAUGACGUCAGCGCUUCAUGCAGGAGGUCCCUUCUGCAGCGUGCUGGUGGGGAAGCUGGGCUGCAGGCUGACCGUCAUGUUGGGCGGAAUCCUGAGUGGGCUUGGAAUGGCCGCCAGCUCAUUUACCCGAUCCAUCACUGAGCUUUACAUCACCGCUGGAGUGAUCACAGGACUUGGCUUCUGCUUUAGUUUCCAACCAGCUGUGACCAUCCUGGGUCACUACUUUGUGCGUCGCCGUGCGUUUGCCAACGCCAUGUCCUCCACGGGGACGGCUCUGGGACUCUGCACCCUUCCCUUCCUUGGAAACUAUCUCCACACAGAGUUCGGCUGGAGGGGGAGCUUCCUCAUCCUGGGGGCGGUCCUGCUGAACUGCUGCGUGUGCGGAGCUGUGAUGAGGCCUCUGGAGCCCAAAAAGCACCGCGGCCAGCCGCUCAUGAACCACGAACCUCUGCUAGAGAAAGAGACGAAGCAGGAAGGAAGGAUUCGGACCAUAUGGAGGUUCCUAGUGACCUCCCUAAAAAAGCACAUGGCCUUCGAUCAGCUCCACAACAAGCGUUACUGUGUGUUUGCCAUAGGCAUCACCUUAAUGAUGCUGGGCUUUGUGGUGCCGUUGGUGUACCUGGUUCCUUAUGCAACGGCACACGGCAUGGAGCCGGGUCGGGCCGCGCUGCUGCUCUCCAUCCUGGGUAUUGUUAACAUCGUGGUGCGGCCGCCCUUUGCCAUCAUCUUUAACAUGCCCUGGUUCAAAGGGCGGCACAUCUACGUGUUUGCCUCCGCUCUGCUGUUCAACGGGCUCAGUAACAGCAUCUGCUGCAUCGGGGCCUGCUUCCCCGUUCUGCUGGGAUAUGUGAUCAUGUACGGGCUUACAAUGAGCGUGGUCGGAUCGCUGAUGUUCACCGUCUUGAUGGAUAUAGUGGAGAUGAGCCGCUUUCCUUCAGCGCUGGGUCUGCUUGCUGUCAUGGAGAGCAUCACGCUCCUGAUUGGACCUCCGCUGGCAGGAAUCCUGGUGGACAGAACCAAACAGUAUUUCUACGUCUUUAUUGCCUGCAGUGCCGUUGUUGCCUCCUCUGCUUUGUUCCUGAUGCUCUCCUUCCUCUGGCUGGAUAAAAAGGAGAGCAAGGCUGCCAAGCAGGGUCGGCUUUCAGCUCAGCCGGAACCGGCGAAACCCACGACCGAUGGCUCUCCUGGCUGCGAGUACAGCAGUCUGCCCCAGGAAGGAGACAAGGCCUGAGCCUGGGGACAGGGUACAUAACCAGCCCGCUAACCUGCUCGCACUGUGUCGACGUGCACGGACGUCACCUCUCGGGGCUCCAGCAGUUCUACGGAUCAUUCAUAAUAUUUGCCAGCACAAAUACCCUGAAUGGUCAGCGCUGUUUGGUUAGUUACAUACCAAAAUGAACAGAUGUGCUCUUACAACAUGAAUGUGAUUGUACUCUUUGUUGUAAAAUGCUGCUGAUCUCAACCACGCGAUUUGUCUCAUUAGUCUGUCAAUCAUCCCAAGAUAUUUAUGAGAGAUAAAGACUUAUUUUCUGAAUAUUUGCUGGAGUUAUUGCUGUUGGUCUUUGAGUUUGCAGAGGUGGGUUCAGUGAUGAUCAAUAGAAAUAGGAACCCACCAGAAUGAAGCCUCUGGUUACACAUCUGUUUAAUCUCCAAAAUCAGCGUGGGCCAGAUAAUCCCAGCAGAGUAUCCUUCAGCUUUCCCCUUCUUCCGCUUUAAGAGGUGAAUACACUAAAUGGGAAAAUAGUUUGCACAAUUUUUUGCUAUUUUUAAAAUUUUAGUGCCUGCAGAUUAAAAGUACACUGAUAGAAAAAGCACAAAUAGGGAGAAAGUAACUAUUUAAAAAGUGUAUCUGUGACACUCUAAACGGUAAUAUCUGCAUCUUGUAUUUGUGAUGUAGCAUAAAUAACGAGACUUAUCAGACAUGAUCUUAAAGAAGGUGUGAUGGGGCUUUUUGUGAAAAAUGCAGAAUGGAUAUGAUUUUCAGGCUUUUAUGAAACCCCACCUCCUUUGUGUUUAACUGUUAUUGUCAGCUUGUUCUAGAGAAAAGGUGCCUUGGUUCCACACCAUGUAUUUCUAUCCAUCAGAUCCAGAUAGAUCAUUCAAAAGGUUUGGAAAUGUGAUUCUUGGGAGGUCCUGAUGUUUGUUUUAGUU